UCUGGCCUGCCCGCCCCGCCCUCCCUGCGUCCCGCUCGGUCCUAGCGCCGUCCUCUACCCUUCCCGCAGCGUCCCGGGCUCGGUGGGUGCGCCAAGCCGACGCCAGCGCCACGGAGCCAGCCCGAGUCGGAUCAGAUGAGGAAACAGGUUCUAAGACAUGCAGUAAAUUUCACAAGGUUACAUCAGCUGGAGAGCAAUGGAGUCAAGAUCUGAAGCUGGGCAUUCUGGCUUCAGAGGCUCUGCACUUAACCACGGUACUGUCCUGUUUUUCUGGACCUCAGUUCCUUUAUCAAUGAAAAGGACGUUGCUCAUGGUGUUGACGUGAAGGACCCAGGUCUGUCUUCCCUGGGUGAUUGGAAACCUUCAGGUUAAGAACCACAGCUAUUUAUACUGAGUCCUGGCAUAGUCCUUGGACACUGAGCUGAAGAAGGAAGAUGGCAAGACUAAAGGAACCUAGGCAUUCGAGACCGCCACAGGAUUUCUCCACACUCUGAAAGUUCACAGAGACUGUGGAGCAAAGUGCAGAGAAGCCCCACCCACCAUGGAGGUGGAGGCGGCAGAGGCCCGGGCCCCAGCUCCUGGCUACAAGCGGUCUGGCCGCCGCUAUAAGUGCUUGUCCUGUACCAAGACAUUUCCAAAUGCGCCCAGGGCAGCGCGCCACGCUGCCACCCAUGCACCUGCAGCCUGUAGUGAGGAGGUGGCCGAGGUGAAGCCAAAGGCGGAUGCAGAACCCAAGGCCGAGGAAGCCGGUGGGGACAAGGUAUCAGGGUCAGCAGCCAAGCCUCGGCCUUACGCCUGUCCUCUGUGCCCAAAAGCCUACAAGACGGCACCUGAGUUGCGCAGCCAUGGGCGCAGCCACACAGGCGAGAAACCCUUUCCGUGCCCGGAGUGUGGGCGUCGCUUCAUGCAGCCAGUGUGCCUGCGCGUGCACCUGGCCUCGCACGCUGGCGAGCUGCCCUUCCGAUGUGCACACUGCCCCAAGGCCUAUGGCGCGCUCUCCAAGCUCAAGAUCCACCAGCGUGGUCACACGGGCGAGCGGCCCUACGCCUGCGCAGAUUGCGGCAAGAGCUUCGCCGAUCCCUCGGUGUUCCGCAAGCACCGACGCACUCACGCCGGCCUGCGGCCCUAUGGCUGCGAGCGCUGCGGCAAGGCCUACGCCGAGCUCAAGGACUUGCGCAACCACGAACGGUCCCACACUGGUGAGCGCCCCUUCCUGUGCUCCGAGUGCGGAAAGAGCUUUUCUCGCUCGUCGUCGCUCACGUGCCACCAGCGCAUCCACGCGGCGCAGAAGCCCUACCGCUGCCCGGCCUGCGGCAAGGGCUUCACGCAGCUCAGCUCCUACCAGAGCCACGAGCGCACGCACUCGGGCGAGAAGCCCUUCCUGUGCCCGCGCUGCGGCCGCAUGUUCUCCGACCCGUCCAGCUUCCGGCGCCACCAGCGCGCGCACGAGGGCGUGAAGCCGUACCGCUGCGAGAAGUGCGGCAAGGACUUCCGGCAGCCGGCCGACCUGGCCAUGCACCGGCGCGUGCACACCGGCGACCGGCCCUUCAAGUGCCUGCAGUGCGACAAGACCUUCGUGGCGUCCUGGGACCUCAAGCGGCACGCGUUGGUGCACUCGGGCCAGCGGCCGUUCCGCUGCGAGGAGUGCGGGCGCGCCUUCGCCGAGCGCGCCAGCCUCACCAAGCACAGCCGCGUGCACUCAGGCGAGCGCCCGUUCCACUGCAACGCCUGCGGCAAGUCCUUCGUGGUGUCCUCCAGCCUGCGGAAGCACGAGCGGACCCAUCGGAGCAGCAGCAGCGAGGCUGCGGGGGCCGCCCCCCAGCAGGAGCUGGUGGUGGGGCUGGCCCUGCCGGUGGGCGUGGAGGGCCCGGCCGCCCCAGGGGCGGCGCUGGGGGACCCCCCGGCCGGGCUGCUGGGGCUGCCCCCGGAGUCGGCCGGUGUGAUGGCCACGCAGUGGCAAGUGGUGGGCAUGACGGUGGAGCACGUGGAGUGCCUGAACGCGGGCGGCGCGGAGGCGCCCGGCCCCAUGGGCGAGACGGGCGAGGUGGGGGGCGGCGAGGAGACGGACGAGAAGCCCCCGCAGUUCGCGUGUCGCGAGUGUAAGGAGACCUUCUCCACGCUGACGUUGCUGCGGCGCCACGAGCGCUCGCACCCAGAGCUCCGGCCCUUCGCCUGCACCCAGUGCGGCAAGAGCUUCUCAGACAGGGCCGGGCUGCGCAAGCACAGCCGAACCCACAGCUCCGUGCGCCCCUACGCCUGCCCGCACUGCCCCAAGGCCUUCCUGAGCGCCAGUGACCUGCGCAAGCACGAACGCACGCACCCCGCGCCCAUCGAGACCCCCGCUCCCCUGGAGCCCCUUGUGGCUCUGCUGGGAAUGCCUGAAGAGGGGCCAGCCUGAGCCCGCCGUCCCCCCAUCCGCGCCCAGCGCGUGUCUCCCCAACUGCCUUGUGCCCCACCCCACCCCCACCUCCCCAGCUCGAUCUAGACUCUGGGUAACCUAUUCUUGGGCAACUAGCUCACCUGGCUGCACCCGAGAGCUGGCAUGCUGGAGGCUGGGCGCACUUGUGAGGACUGAAAACCCCUCAUCAAAGCAUCCACUCCGACACCGGGUCCUCUAAUGUGUUCUAGUUGGGGUGAGUGGUUGGGAGUUUGAUCAUCAGGUAAGGUUCAGUGGAGACCCCUGAACUGACCGCAAACUAAAAGGGUUUUUAGAUGCAUGGUUUCCCAAGGAAUCUUAAGGGAUAUCUUGGGACAAAGGAUUCCGUGGCCAAGUCGGCACAGAAGGCCCUCGACCCUUGGGAAUUCCUGGUGGUUCCACGUUGUAUGCAUUGAAGGCAUUAAAUCCUGUACCAACAGAUCUGUUUAGAUGUGUUUUGUACACACUUUGGACCAUGGAAACCUUUUACUGAGUAAUGCUACUUCUUCUGUCCUUUUAUGGAUAAUUAAUGGAGGCUCAGCAUUUACCUCCUGUAAAUGACGAUGACAAACUAGAAAAUAUACUUGAAGAAAGAAAACACUCCCAUGCACAACAAUGAAACCCAUGAAUUACAAAGGAAAAAAAGCUCACAAGAAAUGUGCAAACCCUAUAUGAAGAAAAUGAUGAAGUAAUGAGGACAUGAAUGGAAAAAGUUGUUACUAAAAGGACUGGGAUUUAGCUCAGUGGCAGGACUUGCUUAGCAUGUGACUUCUAUCCCCAGCACUGGGAGAAUAAAAAAAGUUUGAUCCUUAAAUUCACGGCCAUUCUAGAAGAUUCCUUUUUUUCCUUAUUCGUAUGCAUGUUUUACAUCCUUAGCAAAAGAAUCCCAGGAUUUUUGCUUUCACAUGAUUGUCUUUUUUUUUUUUUUUUUUUUUUUAAUGGCUUUUGAUGCUAGCUAAGGUCAGUACAUGGAAAGCAAAAUGACAGGUUUGGAAGCUAUUUUGCCAUUUCUUUAAGUCUUUGAGCUGCAGGUCAAAUCUAAGACUGAUCGUUCCGUACCUAUUUAACCUGCCUAUGAGGUUCACAGUGAUUUUUCUAGCUCUGUGAUCACAUCAGUGAUUUUAAAUUCACCAGUGUAGCUGUUUUGUCAGUAGCUAGACACUGAUGAUGAAUUUGGGGCGUUGAUAGCUCAUGCCUGUAAUCCUAACUACUCAGGAGGCUGAAUUCCAAGGUUUACAAUUCAAAGCUAUCCUAGGCAGGAAAGUCUGUGAGAUUCUCAUCUCCAAUUGACCACCAAAAGCUGAAAGUGGAGCUAUGGUUCAAGUGGUAGAGCACCAGCCUUGGCAACAAAGCAAGGGACACCCUAGAUCCUGAGUCUAAGCCUCAGUACCAGCAUGUGUGUGUGCACACAUACACAUGAGAAAUUGGAUGAUGACUUUGGAGCAUGGUGCAAUAAGACCCUGCUAUUGGUCUAUUUUGGAAUACUCUGCAGAGCAUCUCCCAGGAUAUCUUGUGUGUGCCAUUACGUGGCAUUGAAAGAUGGCAGAAAGAACCCAGAGAGUAUCUUUUUGACAGGGUGAUUGAACCCAGGGUCUUUUAUAUGCAAAGUGCACACUACACCACUGAGCUACUCCACACAACACAUUAAAGAAAAAAAAAAGGUGUAUAAAUCCAUGAAUGGAGUGAGACAGGGUUUUCUGAAAUAACCCUGAAGAUUUCUGUGACUUAAGUAUGACUUGGAAUGAAUCUGGAGAAGACUGCUACAUAGCUUUCUUUGAAAUAUAUUGUGAAGCCUAGAUUUAAUCUCUAGCACAAAAGUGAA